GUCCGUUGAAGCUCUUGAAGCUUCGAAGCCUUAUCUGGCAGGCCCUCCUGGGGAAAUAUCCACGAUCUACGUAAACUCGGGAUCUGCGAGGGCGUGGAGAGAGCCACCACAAUGGAGCAAGCUGUGCCAGCAGCCGUAUCCUCGCCCUCGACACUCGCAGACGAGCGCGCGCCUUUGCUGCAGCGAGAGAAUGGAGAGCAGAAGCGCACGCCGCUGCCCAAGCUGCAAAUUGCGAUCAUCAUCUUUCUGCAAAUCAGCGAGCCCUUGGCCAGCCAGUCGAUUUAUCCUUAUAUCAACCAUCUUAUCAGGGAACUCGGAAUCACGGGCGGGGAUGAUAGGAAAGUGGGAUAUUAUGCUGGUCUCAUCGAAUCCCUCUUCUUUGCGACAGAGGCCAUGACUGUGCUGCAUUGGAGUCGGUUUUCGGACCGCGUAGGUCGAAAGCCCGUCCUCUUACUCGGUCUCCUCGGAAGCAUGACUUCCAUGCUGUGUUUCGGCCUUUCGACGACCUUUUGGGGACUAGUCUUGAGUCGUUGUCUAACAGGCUUGUUGAAUGGGAAUAUUGGUGUUAUGAAAAGUGCUUUGGGGGAUUUAACCGACCCCACGAAUAGGGCAGAGGCAUUUGGUCUGCUGUCGCUUGUCUGGGCUACGGGAUGCACACUAGGUCCAUUCCUGGGUGGAUCCCUUUUCCGACCUCAUGAACGCUUUCCGACGGUUUUCACCUCUCCAUUUUGGAAGAAGUAUCCCCAUUUUUUGCCCUGUUUGGUGACUGCCGGGUAUCUGGCUGUCGCAUUCUGCGCAACGCUUGGAUUAUUCAAGGAGACUGUGAAGAAUUCAGAGAGGCAGUCGAAAAGACUCCCAGACGAGGCCGUCGAUGAGACGGCAGUGACUCAACCGAAAGAACCCAAUGCUUCAGUUCCUUUACGGGAACUGCUUGUUCAUCCCGUUCUGCUUUCAGUGUCCAAUUAUGCUUGUCUCGCCGGCCUCAACAUAUGCUUAUAUGCACUCUUGCCCCUCUUCCUGACCAUGCCCGUCGAAAUAGGCGGACUUGGGGUUUCACCACCAACCAUUGGCCUCACGCUAGGCAUUUAUGGCUUUGUCAGCGGAAGCCUCCAAGCCCUCUUCUUCGCUCGAAUCGUUCGUUACUUGGGUGCACGGAGAACCUUUGUGACGAGCAUGUUCUGCUUCAUUCCCGCCUUCCUGCUAUUCCCCAUCAUCAGUCUCAUUGCGAAACACUACGGGAUAAACUUCCUCGUAUGGGCUCUCAUAGGUGCGAUGUUGUUGCUGCUAACCAUCGUCGAUAUGGGCUGGGGGACAAUCUUUAUGUAUGUCACUUCAUCUGCACCUAACAAGCGGUCCCUUGGUGCGACGAAUGGACUAGCACAAAUGUCGGUCUCGUUUGCACGCGCAGUUGGACCCGCGUUUUCUACGUCGCUGUUCUCGUUCUCAGUCCAGAACAAUAUUCUGGGGGGAUAUGGAGUUUACCCGAUCGUAGCAUUCUUUGCCUUCCUCGCUUUGGUUCUUGCGACGCGUCUCCCUUGUGAUGUUUGGCCGGAACCUGAAGGAGAUGAGGAGUAG